AUGUUUAAGGUACUCUUCGCCCUCUCUGCUCUCACUCUCGCUGUUUACAGUGCUCCACCGAGAUUUCCUAACGCCGCGGAAGACAGAGCGGAAAUGGCAGCUGCCGGAAUCUCUGCUCAAGCUGCUGAUGGUAUUCUGAAGAUUGCCAAUGAGUUUGGAGCUAAGAAGCUCACUAAAAAAGAGGAAAAUGAUCGUGAAGCCGUCCGUUCCGUGUUCCAUCAAUUCCUUGACCAGGUUGACAAGUACAUCAAGACUCAGUCGCCAGCUGAUCAAGCCGCUUAUGAAGCGUUUAUUGCCAAGAAGAAGGCCAACUUUGAUGCUAACAUUGCUGCCGGAAGAAUUGAGGAAAUUGAUAAGUAA